AUGAGCGACGCGGAGCAUCUAGAGCAGCGCGCUCAUAGCGACACGGAGCAUCUAGAGCAGCGCGCAGAGCGCCCACCCUCGGCGCUGAGCCUGCCAACUAUGGCUGCCCCAUCAUCCGAUCUCGCCGUCUCGUCGCCAUCAUCUGCUGGUCUCCAGACCCCCGCCCACCCUGCACCGACAUUCCAGAGCCUCCUGCUCGCUAGCAGGCCGAGCAUAUACACCGACACACCUCGUGACCACCGCCUCGGUGAGAUUGUCGAGGCGUACAUUCGGCGGCGGCCCGCAACAUCGAGCGAGAAGCGAUAUCAAAUGGACCUCGAGGGGCUCCUGGGCCUCCCAUAUCGCGUCCGUUUCGAUAACCUCGGGCUUGACGGCGACGUCGAUCUCGACAAGGUCGCAGUCCACGGGCGCGGCGCUCUCAGAGACGUGCCUCUCCACCGUCGACUCUGCACCUGGCUCGCCGCAGGCUCGUCCGCCUCAGAGGCGACGGGCGGCUCAGAGGCGACGGGCGGCUCAGUAGCGCGGCGUCCAACGGCGCGUGAAACUGCAGCUCGGGACGCCCGUCGAGGCAUUCGGCUGCCUGACAUUGUCAUCAGGGCGGUGGCCGACGCCGACAAAGUGAAACCGCCGUGCCCCUAUACGCUCUCCGCCGUGGCCGAACUGAAGCGCGACGAGGACAAGAUCAAGGCUGGUCUUGCGCAGGCCAUUUACUACGCGGCCUUGGCAAACUCUCUGUCGGGCGCGCACCUCGGUGCGUUCAUCUACAGGACUCGCUUCGUCCGCCUCUUUGUCAUUGGCCCCGAGACGGUGGCCGUGGAGCUCGAGCUCGGCGUCGACAGUGCGCCCGGGGAGUCAACGCCGACGAGGCGGAGCGCGGCCGAGUUUGUCGAGCUGCUGAGGUCGCUCUCGUGCCGUACUGUGGCCAGCAAACUCCCUUGGGACCUGAAGGCUCCCACUCAGAUCCCCGGUGUUGACGAGCCCGAUUGGGCUGCAGUGGCAAUUAUGGGGGCAUGGUCAGUCGCCGCGCACCAGAUGCUCUUGGACCUGCCCAUCGACGGGCCGUUCCCAGCCCUACCGGCCUCGCAACUGCACCUCGCAGAGCACGGGUACGACCAGCAGCUCCUCAACACCCUCUCGCUCGACACUGACGCUGUCGCUCGGCCCAUUGCGGCGCUUGCGAGACGCGAGCUUGCCAAGAAGGGGAAGGGCCGCCAGCAGCUGGCGGAUCCCGGUGCGGAUCAUCGGCCGUCCGGCGCGUCCUCCCACUUAGACGCGAGCGGAGCUGGCGAGCGAGGUGACACCGACGUGGCCCACCCGGAUGCCCAGAGACGCCGCACCAUCCAGGCUGCGACGCGUUCCGAGGCCAGGUCGCCGGAAGCCGCCGAGGGCCAGAGCGUCGGCAAGAGCAAACGCCGUCGCGAGACCGACACUGGCGACGACGCCGGCUGGUCAGGAGACGACGAGGGUGGCAGCGUCGAUGACGGGACGGACGACGACGGCAACGAGCCUGCGGCGACGAGCACCAUGCUGCUCCCACAGCCGGAAGUGGAGCUCCCCUUGCCCUUGCCGUCCAGCCCGUUCUGGGACGAUGACGACGCCGCGUUCGAGGAUUCCGAUAUGAGCCUCCCGCCCGAGGAAUUCCUCGACUUCUUCGGAGAGUCCGGGCUCAACCUUGUCAUGGUCAGCUCGGAGGAGAUGACCCGCCUUGUUGCCAGUGUGGAGCCUCCUGCCACCACAACGACAAGGACCGUCCCCGAGCCGCACGCCAAGCCCGUGUCCGCUGGCCAUCUCAACUCGUCCUUGUCGGCGCUGGGUCUUUUCUAG